AUGGCCCCGUCGCCCCUCAGCCGCCCAGCGCCCGAGCCACCAAGCAGCCAAGCCGCCGAGCAGCCGGACCCCCGAGCAGCCGAGCCGCCCGACCGCCGAGCCGCCAAGCAACCAAGCCGUCGAGCCGCGCGACCACUGAGCCGCCCUGCAGCCGAGCCGCCCUGCAGCCGAGCCGCCCGACCGCCGAGCCGCGCCGCAGCCGAGGCGCUUCCGCCUGUCGGCCUGCUCGGGACGGCCCCACUUGUCUGCCGCCUCAUGCUACCGUACCUCUUCCCUGACCUUGCUGCCUUUCCCACAGUUGCUGACCUCAUUACGCACCUCCGCACUAGUGGCAGUGGCUACCGCGCUGCGCUUCCUGCUGAGUUCUGCGCCAAGAACCCCCCCCCCCCAAUGUACACCACCCUCUGCUACAUAGUCAUCCGCCUCCCUGACUCUCUUCACAUAGUCAGGGACGACUUCCUCUCCGUUUGCCCCACCACUCUCACCGUUGACCUCCUAGAGGAGGGCCUCCUGGCAGCAGAGAAGAGCAUAGUCGCUGUAGGAGCCUCUCGUGGUGACCCUCGCACCCCCGUCUUUGAGGGGUGUUCCCCCUCCCCCCUCUUGCCCUCUGUUGCCUCUGCUGCUACGGCCGACCUCGUUGGUUUCGAGUCGGGGCUGGAGGGAGCGGUGGAGGUGGUGGUGGAGGCAGUGGAGGGAGUGGGGGUGGUGGUGGGAGUGGUGCCGGGGGUGGUGGCCGCGGCGGCAGCAGUGGAGGCGGUGGAGGCGGUGGAGGUGGCGGAGGGAGCGGAGGCGGCGGAGGUGGCGGAGGAGGCGGAGAUGGAGGAGGCGACGGAGGCAGUGGCGGUGGUGGAGCGAGUCGCGACUCUGCGCAGAGGAGUGGCUCAGGUGGUGGACCACGCCAGCAGCAGCGGAGUGGUGUGA